AUGUUCAGAAGAGCAGGGCUUCUCAUUCUGGCCGCCGCGGCAGGCAUCCAGGCUGAUUUUAUGGUGUACACGGAGCCUCCCAUUCCCACGAGUGCCAUUCCGUCAUUUGCGAACCCAUCAGAUGCCUCCAGCUGGACCACCUCCGUCUUCCUUAACGCGCAAAUCGCCUACGCUUCCUUUACAAAGUCCCUCGGCGAACCCUACCAAGCCUCGCUCACGUCCGCGCGCUCGGAAAUCGACGCCUUUGUCGCGACCGCCACCAACUAUAGCAUCCCUGCUGCAGUUACCAUAGCCGACGAGACAACAACCUUCUUUUCCAAGCCGAACUGGUACACGGCGCUGCCGAGUAAGGCGAGGGCCUUCAAGGAGCAGCAGGUUAGCGACCAGUUCAGCAUCGUGAGGAACGUGAUUGCGGCGCGAGCUUCGACAACGGCACGCUCGACGGGCGCAGCGAUGCCGACGGCAAUUCCGGGACAGUGGAUGGCCGCCGAGUUUGGCGUCAUGGCUGCGGCCGCCGCCGCGGCAUUUUUGUGA